AUGGAGAUGGAAGAUAGCGAUAGGUUGAGGGCCAACAUAGACGUCAAUAUGCUGCUGUCUCCCUCCCCUAACAGCUUGUCAUCGUGCCAGCCGCCACCUAAAAAGCUGAGCAUCAUGGUUCCAGCCUGCGUUGUCGACGCAACUGCAUUAAAUGGACGAGGUCACGGCAGCAAACACAUAUCGUGGGCGGAUGGCAGCGGCAUGGAGUGCUCUGCGACAUGUUCGUCGUCGGCACCACCUCCACAACCCACACGUCGACGCCGCUCGAGGCAGUUCUUCGCGCCGCCAACCCCCUCACCCAUCAACUUCAACGGCGCUGGUCCAGCCCACACCACAGGCCGCAAGAACCACGAUCCAAUGACCAAGACUGACCUGACUCUCCCUGUUCUCAGCCCCGUCGCCCAGUCCGCUUCGGCCGAAAACUCGCCCUUACAUCCUUAUAUGCCAGGCCAGCCCAAGUCUCUCGCCGGCAUUGCUAUGCGCGCUUUCUGCCUGGGCUCCGUCCUGGCAGUUUCUGUUGUAUCUACCACAUCUAUCCUGCUUCUGACCUCAAGCCCAAUGUGGCGCCUCCCCUUCUUUGCCGGCGCCCUGGCAACACACCACUUCCUCGAGUUUUGGACCACCGCUGCCUACAACACUCCGGCGGCCAAUGUCGACAGCUACCUCUUGACAGCCAACUGGCCCAUGCAGACCAUUGCAUACGCAUUCGCCGCACUCGAGUGUCUGCUGGUUUGCAUCGUAUUUCCGAGUCGCGCCUGGGCCCCAAUGCACACAGGCCCGCUGCUGCUGCUUUUGGGCCUCGUCCUCACGGCAGUCGGUCAGCUCAUCCGCUCUGCAGCCAUGAUUCAGGCCGGCCUGUCUUUUAAUCACAUCGUCCAGCAGGCUAGGGGUCCGCAGCACCAUCUUGUCACGACAGGAAUUUAUGCCAAACUCCGUCACCCGAGUUACUUUGGUUACUUCUACUGGGCUCUGGGUUCACAGCUCGUGCUGGGAAAUCUCGUUAGCACAAUUGCAUACAGCUUUGUCUUGUACCGUUUCUUCUCACGAAGGAUUCGGCACGAAGAGGAGACCCUUGUGAGGUUCUUCGGAGAGGAGUACAAUGAUUACAAGAGGACUGUUGGCACAAAGAUUCCUUUUAUACCAUGA